AUGAAACUGCAAUCGCACAGACUUCAAGAUCCUAUCCCACCCAAAAAAUGGGAUGGGAUUGACUUCGACCAACAAUCCUCUCCAUCAACAGAUGAGGAUAUCACUCUAAACGCGACCUCGUCAUGGACAUACUGCGGGCCCCUCCUCCCCCUAAACGCAAAGAACCUACCCUCCUCAUUCCACACCUGGGCCCAAGCCACCGUCAAUGGCUCAAUCGCAAGCCCAUUAUUCUCCUUCCUAGAAUUCGUCCACGAAUUCCUCACAGCAAACAACAUAUCAACCUACUGGCUCACGAUACGCGCAAGCCAAGGCACCGACGAAUUCGACACCCCGCGCUGGCACACGGAUGAUCUAUUCUUCUCCCCAGGACCCCCCAACGGCCCCCAAUCGCAAUCGAAACACCAGCGCCGCCGCUCUCUCCUCCCCUCUUUCUCAAAUGCGACCAAAUUCCACAGGCGGACAGCAUCAUCACUCUCCCACUUCGGUAAACACAGCAAAGACAACCGAUCAUCUAUGACGUUCAAUUCCACAACGACGAAACAGCCCGUCCCCCCUUCCGUCCAAAUAACCAGUUCCUCACCAAACCCUACAAACUGGAAACUCACCACCACCCUCCUAGGCCCGGGAACACUCUUCAUCGCACCCCAUCUCAACGCCCAAGCCCGCUCCCUCCAACGAACUACCAAAAUGACCGUCCGCUCCGCAAACCCCGAUCACAUCUGCCUCUCCAUCCGCUGCGUAGGUUGUGCCUCAGCCGCAGAGUCCGUACGCGCUACCCUCGCCGCGCAACUAGGCGGGUAUCGCAACGGUGGGGGUAAAUGCGAUGGCGAGUUUAACGGUGAGAGGGAGGGUGUUGUUCAGGCGCGGCCGGGGGAGUGUGUAUUCUUCCGUGUGGGCGAGGAUGAAGGGGCGGUGCAUUCGGAGCCGAUGUCUCAUGGGGAUCGGAUUUUUGUUAAUGUUGUGCCGGGGUGUGAGGAGGAUUUGAGGUGUUUGAUGGCCAAGUGGGGGAUGGAGUAUCCGCGGGCUUGGUGUGUGGGGUUACCGUUUCAGGGGGCUGAGGGGGGUUGUUGGAGGAAUGUUGGUGAGGUUUGA